AUGGCGCUAAGACGAGCUACCAAAAAGAUUGUCGUCGCUGGCGGCAAUGGCUUCCUUGGAAGCCGCAUCUGCAAAGCAGCAGCCGCACGAGGCUGGCAAGUAACCUCCAUCUCGCGCUCCGGCGAACCCACCUGGUCCUCCGUAACCUCCUCCCCCGUCGCACCCACCUGGUCCUCCGACGUCAACUGGGUCAGCGCCAACAUCCUACAACCCUCCACCUAUGCCCACCACCUCGAAAACGCCGAUUCCGUCGUCCACAGCAUGGGAAUCCUGCUAGAAGCAGACUAUAAAGGCGUCCUCACCGGCAAAGAACCAAUCAUUGCCGGCUUGCAAAAAGCUUUCAGCAGUACAAAACAAGGCACCCAAAACCCUUUGGAGAGAAGAGAGGGCAGUGAUGUGGAGCCCCAACAUGAAGGCGGUCAAAUCACCUACGAGGUUAUGAAUAGGGAUUCUGCGGUUCUGCUUGCUAAAGAGGCGAAUGCUGCUGGUUGCAAAUCCAUGGCGUAUAUUUCUGCGGCGGGUGGUGCGCCUAUCUUGCCUGCGAGAUACAUCAAGACGAAGCGUGAAGCUGAAGACUCGAUUACGAGCAACUUCCCGAGCAUGAGGAGUGUCUUUAUUCGUCCUGGUUUCCUAUAUGAUUCGUCACGGACUUUUACCGUUCCCAUGGCUGGAUUGACGUUUAUGGGUGCUAUGGCUAACUCGUUGGUUGGUGGACGUUUGACUUGGUUGAUGGGUGCUGGUGGUGUUGAGCCUUUGAAGGCGGAUCUGGUUGCUGAGGCUGUUGUUGAAGCUUUGGCUGAUGAGCAGCUUAAGGGUCCUGUUGAGGUCAAGACAAUCAAGGAGCUGGCUACUCGUGCCUGGAGAAGAGGCAUGCUCUAA